CGUCUCCGUUCGCACAGUGCUCGACGUCGCGCAGUCCGCGUAUGUUCGCAAUAACGUUCCAGCGGAUCAACGUCGGCGUCGGUGACAGAUCGAGCGGCACGCGAUCGUGGCACCGCACUCCGAUCACGCGCGCGUCAGACACGUUCCUUCUUCCGGUAACGCUGCACGUCGCUGACGCACGUUACUACCACCCUCCACCCCCCUCGUACACAGCGGAGCGAAAUCGAGUGCACGGCGUGCGGGUUACGCGGUUGCGGUCGACACGGAAACGACGACGUGAAGAGCAGUGAGCGAACGGUACCAGGAGCGAGGGGGGGGAAGGAAAAAGAGAGAGAUCACGGUUUACUGUGUAUUCGCGCUCUUUCACGGUACCGUAGUGAAAUGCGCGUGACCGGUCGCGCCUCGGAACGACGGCGACGACGUGUCUGGCGUCGUUGGUGGUGCACGUUCCCCUGACGAGCACGAGAGACGCGCGACGGCGACUCGGAACAUCCCUUGCAGCCCUCGCUACUAUGAUAAUAACGAAAAGCACGGUGACGGCGGCGGCGGCGGCGACGACAACGACGACGACGACGACGACGGCGACGGCGACUCGGUGGCCACUUCUCCAGAAUCGAGAGACGCUUGGUCGAAUUUAUCACAACGUCGGUGGAAAACGGCGAUCAACGACGGACUUACAUAGCGAUGCUGUCUCGGCGAUGUUGUCUCGCAAUUGCGGCCGUCGCGUGGCACACGGGAACGACAACAGCAACAUCAUCGAGCCGCAGUGGAUCAGCGAUAGCCACACAGAAAUCGUAUCGGUGCUGCCGUACUACUAUUAUUGCCAGCGUCUCGCUAUUAUUAGCAUCGUAGCCUCAUUACUCGUCGACGACGACGUUCGCGGGGACGAUUUGAUAUCAGGACGACUUUUGGAGCACCGGGACGACAACAACACGGCAACGAGCAGUGACGAUCUUCGUCUUCUCAACCGUCGGAACGACGGUUUUCUACGUUGUUGCGCGUGACCAAGAGCCUUGCUAUUUCUAGCCGCAAUCGACGAUACGCGCGACGGAAGGAGUGCAACCGAUGAUUAGCAAGGCGGCGUGCGAACGUUAAUCCGCCAGCGUUAAUCCCUUCUCGUAUCUCAGUAAAGACUGAUAGCGAGUCAAUCGUUGAUAAUAACGCGUGUACAUUAGUCAUUUUCCGCGCCGAUCGAUCGUCAUCGCGCCGGUAUACAGAGAAAACAGUGUUACAGGCGAGUGCAUAGGAACUCGUGUCACGUACGGUCAUCGGCCAGUGUACACACACCGGCAGGGGAAGGGUGGGAGGGGGUGAACCAGGGUAUAGGAGCGACGGGGGAGAAGGAGCCAGGUAUCGUUGAUCCAGAUAAACCGGUGUAUCGCGACAAGGUAUACGGAUGGACGCUUCGCCGCGGUCAACCUGUGACGAACUGUAAACAGAAAUAUUCCGUUAAGAAGUGAAGAGAGAUAAUAAAAAAAAAGCGCAUUCGAGGUGCUCGUACUUACCUCGUACUUUCCGUACUUUCAAGCUUUUGCGCGUAACCAGCGUGUACGUCGCGACUAUAAACACGGAUUUCAAACGUAACGUAUACUUAUACAGACACAUAUAUAUCUGUAUACGUGUGGAUGAGACACGUAUUUCGCGUUUGUACAUUGUACGUGAUAGAGACGCAUAGUGAGCAAAGAGCAGGGAGAUAAAAAGAACGAAAGACAGAGAGAAUAAGACAGAGAGAGAGAGAGAGAGAGGGGGGGGGGAGGGGGAAAGA